GUUCGUUUGGGAAGAUGUGUGCCUUUGAGCGGAUGAAAAAGCCCGAAUGGUUUCCCGAUUCGCGGCUUGGGUUGCCUGAAUACGACUCCGACGGGUCCGUUAGGUUUGGGUACGAUGAGGAGCAGCAAACGGACGAUAUGAAGAGGGGUAUAAAGGAGGAGGCCGGAAGCCAAAAAGAAAAGGUGUGAUGCUCGUGUGGAAGCGGUUAUCAAGCGGUCAGUGCAAUGGGGUUUCUGAGCAUCGUCUGAAGAAACGCAAUGAAAUCCAUCAUCACCUAUUUAGCCGUUAUCAUGGAGGCGACAACAGUUCUCGGCGGUCCGGGCAAGGGCGUCAAGCCCGACCCCGACGGAAGAUACACCAUCGCGGCUCCGGGGAUCAAGGCGCAGUUUAUCCCCUACGGCGCCACUCUCACCAACCUCUUUGUCAAGGACAAGAAUGGCAAAGACGUCGACGUGGUUCUGGGGUAUGAUGAUGUGGAAUAUUAUCCCAAGGAUCCGGGCCAUCCCGUGUACAACGCCAUUCCAGGUCGUUAUGCGAACCGUAUCGGCAAGGGCAAGUACACCAUCGACGGUGAGGAGUACCACACCGAGUUGAACGACGGUAACAACACUUUGCACAGCGGCACCAACAACUGGUCGUAUCGAUUCUGGAACGUCACCGAACACACGCCCACUUCCAUAACCUUUGCCAUCUCCGAUGCUUCCAACUCGUCUCUGGGCAUGCUGGGCCGCGUCGACUCCACCGUGACCUAUUCUGUGAGCAAGAGCACCUGGCACAUCAAGAUGAAUGCUGUUUCUCCCGAGAGGAAGACUCCUGUCCUUCUCACUCAACACACCUACUUCAACCUCGACGCUUACAAGAACCCGGCCACGGACAAGAUCUGGGAUCACACCCUGUAUAUGCCCUACUCAGCGCGCUACCUUGAGGCCGACCAAGGUGCCCUCCCCACGGGCAAGAUUCUGACUGCAGCCCCGGGCUCCAUCAACGACUUUGCCAGUGCUUCCGGCCUCGCUCUGGGCCACGCUCGCGAUCAGCCGGGGUUUGCAGGCAACUGCGGUGCCAACGGCGCAUGCGAGGGUUAUAACGGAUAUUGGCUGAUCGAGGAUAAGCCGUCGAGGGAUGCCGUGGUCGUUUCUCUGACGAGCCCGUUCUCGGGCGUCAAGGCCGAUCUACGGACCGAUCAACCAGGUGUCGUAUUGUAUUCUUGCAAUUGGAUGGACGGAAGCGCGCAGUUGAAGAGCACACAAAAGCUUGUGGUGAAUGGGACGGCGGUGCCCAGAACCGUCGGUAGAAGCUCGUGUGUCGCCAUUGAGGCUCAGGAUUACCCCGAUGGUAUCAACCACCCGGAAUGGGGGAGGGUCGACAAGCAGAUUCUCGGUCCUGGCCAGAAGUACAGCUGGGAAAGCUCGUGGACAUUUGGGCUGGUCUGAAGAGGUCAGUCGGGCCGGCCGACGUUGCGGAUGGCGAAGAGACAAUUGAGCAGGCGUCGAGGUGUGGUGGGAA